AUGAGCGAAGAGAUUGAACCUUACAUAUCUAAAAAAUUCGAGAUCAUUUAGAAAUUAGGAAAAGGAGCUUAUGGAAUUGUAUGGAAGGCAAUUGAUAAGAAAUUGAAGCAAGUAUUUUUGUAUAUGAAAUUUCAAAUAGGUAGUUGCCUUAAAGAAAGUUUUUGAUGCUUUUCAUAAUGCAACAGAUGCUUAAAGAACAUUUAGAGAAGUAAUGUUUCUUUAGGAAUUGAAUGGACAUGAGAAUGUUGUGCGUUUACUCAAUAUAAUGAAGGCUGAGAAUAAUAAGGAUUUAUAUUUGGUUUUUGAUUAUAUGGAAACUGAUCUACAUGCAGUAAUAGUAAGAAGUUCAUUUUGAAGAUUAGCGUGCCAAUAUUUUAGAAGAAAUACAUAAGAAAUAUAUUGUAUAUUAAAUUUUGAAGGCUCUUAAAUUUAUACAUUCAGGGGAAUUAAUUCAUAGAGAUUUGAAACCAUCUAAUGUUCUUUUGAAUUCUGAAUGUUUAGUAAAGGUGGCAGAUUUUGGAUUAGCUAGAAGUUUGGUUUAGACUGAAGAUGAUGGUUAUAAUAAUAUCAUAUAUUUUUAUAGGGAUGGUUCUUCUCACUGAAUAUGUUGCUACUCGUUGGUAUCGUGCACCAGAAAUUUUACUUGGUUCAACAAAGUAUAGUAAGGCAGUAGAUAUGUGGUCUGUGGGUUGUAUAGUAGGAGAAUUGAUACUAGGUAGAGCUAUAUUUCCAGGAACAUCAUCUUUGAAUUAAAUUGAACGUAUUAUUGAAUUACUUGGAAAACCAAAAGCAGAUGAAUUAGAAUCAUUAGAUAGUCAAUUGGCUGCUAAUAUUCUAGCUUCAAUUAAUGCCUCGAAAAAGAAAUCAUUUGUUUAAUUUUUUACUGGAGCUACAGAAGAAGCUCUUGAUUUAAUUCGAAGAUUACUUUGUUAUAAUCCAAAAACAAGAUUAACAGCAGAAUAAGCUUUAAAACAUAGAUAUGUUAUAGAAUUCUCGUAGCCAGAUGAAGAAAUUGUAAGUUUGUAGCCAUUCAAAAUUUCGAUGAAUGAUAAUAAGAAAUUUACAAUAAAGGAAUAUCGUGAGUCUUUGUAUGCAGAUAUAUCUCAGAGAAAAAAGGAUCAACGUAAGAAAUGGUAGCUAAAGUAUUUGGCCUAGUUAGGUGUCAAUUUGGAGGAUGAGAAUGAUAAAAAGUACUCUAAUCCUUCUAUUUCAGACUCAAAAAUAAAGUACCUAGUCCAAAACGCCAAGACGAUAUGAUAGAUUUAAAUAAGGUUGAUGAUUCACAAUUGAUUUAUCAAUAACAAAUGUAACAACAAAUUCUGCAAUAAAAAAAGAAUUAGAGACCCCAAUCUUAAUCUGGAAAUUAAGUAAGAUAACAUAGUCAAGAUGUAGCAAGAACUAUUUCUUAAGAAAAUUCAAUGUAAUAAAUUUAAAAUACAUAAUAAACUCAUCAUAAAUCAAAUUCAAUAGUUAUGAAUUCAAAUUAAUAUAAAUAAGGUUAUUAUUAUCCAUUUUAGUAACCAAAUAAUAAUUAGUAAUAGACUUAAAAGUAUAAUGGAAUUAAUAAAUCAGUAAAUAAUGUAGUUCAAUAAUAGAUGGGAAGAUCUUCAACAGGAUACUAUUAAAAAGUCAAUAAAAAAUGA